GUACCACUUUUUAUUUUUUAUUUUUUUGUGGUAUUUUCCGUCAUUUUAUUGGAUAGCGAUAUUCGAGAGAGACAGGAAAGGCAGGGGGGAGAGAGAGGGGAUGACAGGGCCAGCGAAGGGCCCGGGCCAGAUUGGAACCCAGGCUGCUUCGGUAAGGACUCAGUCUUAUGUGGUACGCACUCUACCAGGUUUGAAUAAUGACAGAGGCAGAGCUAUACAGUGUGUACAAAGGGGUCUAUCUCCCUUCAUUUUUACACACACUUGAGAGCCUUCGGUACUAUGAAGAGUUUUCUUUCCGCUCAGAUGACAUUGUCAUUGUGACCUAUCCCAAGUCUGGUACAACAUGGAUGCAGGAGAUAGUCCCACUGAUCCGAAGUGGAGGGGAUCUCACCGCCAUUCAGAUGUUGCCCACCUGGGACCGGGUUCCCUGGCUGGAGGAGCACAGAGCCAGUGUCCUCAACCUGGAAGACAGGCCAUCACCACGCCUAUUCGUUACACACUACCACUACAGCAUGAUGCCACCAUCAUUCUUAAAAGUCAAGCCAAGGGUCAUCUAUGUCAUGAGGAACCCCAAAGAUGUGUUUACAUCUUCAUUUCACUACUAUGGGAUGACUUCCUACCUGGUCAAGCCAAGCACACAGACUGAAUUCCUGGACAAGUUCCUUAAUGGAAAAAUUAUGUUUGGCUCAUGGUUUGAUCACAUCAAGGGCUGGCUGAAUGUUAAUGACAAAGAGAACAUUAUGUACAUUUCCUAUGAGGAAAUGAUUAGGGACCUGAAAGAUGCUGUAGCGAGGAUUGCCCAAUUCAUGGAGAAACCAUUGAAUUCUGAGGUGAUACAGAAAAUAGCAGACCAAUGUAUUUUCAAGAAUAUGAAAAAGAACAAGCUCUCCAACUAUUCAUUGGUGCCGAGGGAGUUUAUGGACCAGACAAAGUCAGAGUUUCUCAGAAAAGGGAUUGUUGGGGAUUGGAAAAACCAACUAACUGUGGCAGAGGCAGAAUACUUUGAUAAAUUUUACGAAGAAAAAAUGAAAAAUGUGCAAUACAAAUUUGCAUGGGAUUAACAUGUUCUGUUGAUAAAUCUAUUCCUGUUAUGGUGAACAGCAAUGAAUUGAAAGAAUGCAAAUAUGUAAUGGUUAAGUUCUGGUUUGGUUAUAUUAAAGGCCUAAAUUUUGCAGUAGACUUAGAAAUACUAUAUGUAAUUUCAAUUAAAUUCUGACCUCUAUCGUUCAUUGAUGUGAAUAACAACUAAUAAGCAGUAACUCCAUUAGCAGCCAUAAUACUGAGCAGUUUUCUGCGUCAAGUCAAGUCAGUUUUAUUUGAAUAGCCAAAUAUCCCAAAUUACAAAUUUGCCUCAAGGGGCUUUACAGCAACACAACAUCCUGUCCUUAGACCCAGACCCCUGUGUGUCUCUGAAAUGCUGCAGAAACUGUGUCCAUAACUGGUGGACAAUCUCCAGCCAUCCAUUAUCUUAACUGCUUAUCCUGCUGUCAGGGUUGCGGGGAUGCUGGAGCCUAUUCCAGCAGUCAUUGGGCGGCAGGUGGGGAGACACCCUGGACAGGCUGCCAGGCCAUCACAGGGCCGGCGCGCGCGCGCACACACACACACACCCACACACACACAUGCAUUCAUUCCUAGGAACAAUUUAGUAUGGCCGAUUCACCUGACUUACAUAUCUUUGGAAUGUGGGAGGAAACAGGAGCCCCUGGAGGAAACCCACACAGGCAUGGAGAGAACAUGCAAACUCCACAAAGAGGAUGACCCACCAAGGUAGUACUACCCCGAGGCUCGAAACCAGUACCUUCCUGCUGUGAGGCAACCAUGUUAACCACUGCGCCACCAUGCCGUGGACAAUCUGUGAAUGUGAAAACUUCUUUUACCCCCGGGUUUAUUGGUACCGUCAGUAAAACUAUAUUGAAAGAGGCUACACUGUAUAAGAAAAUGCAAAUAACAAUGGUACAUACAGGUGUUGUAGUGAAUGCCACCGAAGACAGUGAUUCACAGUGACAUCACUGCCGUCACUUCUGCACAAUGUUGGUGAAAUUUCAGAGACACAGACUGUUGAUAAUUAUGUCUGCCAAUGGGAUGUUGUCCCUGCAACAUAUAUACAGAGAUAAUGUUGAAAAUCCUGAUUGCUUCCC